AUGUUAGCCAAUGGAAAAGUGUUAGUUACUGGUGGAUGGAUUGGUUCUACUUCUAUAAGUAGUAGUAAAUUGUAUGAUCCGUUAAUAGGAACGUGGACAACAACUGGUAGUAUGAAUACUAUACGACACUGGCAUGCAACAGCCUUAUUAACUAAUGGGAAGGUGCUUAUAACUGGUGGAUUGAGUGGUAGUUUUUAUCCAAAUAGUACUGAGUUAUAUGAUCCAUUAAUAGGAACCUGGGCAACCACUGGUAGUAUCAUUAAUACACGAUAUUUGCACACAGCAAAUGUAUUAACUAAUGAAAAAGUGCUAGUUACACGUGGAUAUAGUAAUGGUUCUUCUCUGUAUAGUGCUGAAUUAUAUGAUCCACUAACAGACCCCAAACUCACAACCACACUAAUUCACAUCCACACGCUCAUCUCACACUGUACAUCCAUACACCCCACGUCCACUUCACCCGCAUCCACAACCACAUUCACACCCAUCAUUCACA